AUGGAGGAUCACAAACGAAGCGAAGUUUUAACAACUCAAGUAACCAAAUUUGCCAAAGCCGGGUUUUUAAGUAAGAUUUCGUUUUUUUGGUUGAACCCUUUGAUGAACUUGGGUAGCAAGAAAAUUCUCAAGGAAGACGACUUGCCAAAAUUGCGAGACAUAGAUAUGGCAGGGUCUUGUUACUUACAGUUUCUAGAUCGACUAGAUAAAGAUAAAAGCGAUAAAGCACCUUCGGAAUCCUCAGUUUUGUGGACUAUUGUUGGAUGCUACAAAUUCGAGAUUCUAAUAUCAGGUUUUUUCGCGUUAGUAAAGAUACUUGUAAUGUCAACUGGACCUCUUUUGCUCGAUUCCUUCAUCAAGGUUGCUGAAGGUAAAGAAGCAUUCAAAUAUCAAGGUCAUCUUUUGGCAAUUUCUCUGUUUCUUUCAAAGAUCUUAGAAUCAUUGUCGCAGAGGCAAUGGUACUUUCAGAGCAGAUUGAUUGGCCUUAAAGUACGAUCCAUGAUCACUACCGCAAUUUACAUGAAGCAACUAAGAUUAUCGACUGUUGCGAGGAGAAUGCACUCAAACAGUCAAAUAAUGAAUUAUGCAACAACUGAUACCGAUAGGAUCGGGGAAUUCCCUUUUUGGUUUCAUCAGACUUGGACAACCGGCCUUCAACUUUGCUUUGCGUUAAUGAUUUUGCUACAUUCAGUUAAACUCGCAACCAUUGCAUCAUUAGUCGCAAUUAUUUUAACUAUGGUUUGCAAUACGCCCCUUGUCAAAUUACAAGAUAAGUAUCAAAGGGUAUUGAUGGUUGCUCAAGAUAAGCGGCUUAAGGCUUUCUCGGAAGCUCUUGUGAAUAUGAAGGUGCUUAAAAUGUAUGCAUGGGAAAGUCAAUUCAUGAGUGUGGUCGAGGCAUUGAGGAAAGUUGAAUAUAAAUGGUUAUCAGCAGUGCAUUUGCAGAAAGCAUACACUAAUAUUCUAUUUUGGACAUCUCCUAUUAUGGUGUCUUCUGCUACAUUUGGUGCAUGCUAUUUCCUUAAAAUUCCUAUGCAUGCUAGUAAUGUUUUCACCUUUCUUGCAACUUUGCGCCUAGUGCAAGAGCCCGUCAGAACUAUCCCCAAUGUAAUUAGUGUGGUAGUUCAUGCUCGAGUUUCAUUUGCACGAAUUGUGAAGUUUUUAGCAGCACCUGAGGUGCAAACUGAAAAUGUUAGAAAGACAGGAAAUAUGUCCUGCAUAAACCAUCCCAUUGUGAUGAAGUCGGCAAAUCUUUCAUGGGGGAUGAGCUCAACAAAACCGACCCUAAAAGACAUUAAUCUCAAUGUUUGUUUAGGUGAAAAGGUGGCUAUAUGUGGGGAAGUUGGCUCAGGAAAAUCAACAUUACUAGCAGCAAUUCUUGGUGAAAUACCAUGUAUAGAUGGAACGGUUGAAGUUUAUGGGAGGAUUGCUUAUGUUUCUCAAACAACAUGGAUUCAAUCAGGGACAAUACGCGAAAACAUCCUUUUUGGUUCCGCCAUAGAUGACGCUAAAUACCAAGAGACUCUUCGUAGGUGUUGUUUGGAGAAGGACCUUGAACUCCUUCCUUAUGGUGACUUGACUGAGAUUGGGGAUAGAGGAAUCAAUCUAAGCGGGGGUCAAAAACAAAGAAUUCAACUUGCUCGUGCAUUAUACAAAGAUGCUGACAUUUAUCUUUUGGAUGAUCCAUUCAGUGCGGUUGAUGCACAUACUGCAAUGAGCCUCUUGAAUAAAUAUGUUAUAGAAGCUCUUUCUGAAAAGACGGUCUUGCUUGUGACUCACCAAGUUGAUUUUCUUCCUGCUUUUCAUCGUUGCUUGCUUAUUUCAGAUGGAAAAGUUCUUCGAGCAGGCCCUUAUAACGAGUUAUUAGCUUCAUGUCCGAAAUUUUUGGAUCUUGUAAACGCGCACAAGCAAACUAUUGGUACCGAUACACUGGCUGAAGUUAGCAAAUCUAAAAGACAAACCUCAUUCACUUUAAAGGUUCAAAAACACGAUUUUGUGUCUGAAUAUCAAGAAUCAAAAGGACAAAACUUGAUCAAACAAGGAGAAAGAGAAGUUGGAGACAUGGGUUUUACACCAUACUUGAUAUACUUGUAUCAGAGUAAAGGCUAUUUGUACUUUUCUAUUGUUGCCCUUGCUCAUUCGGCCUUUCUGACCGGCCAGAUAUUACAAAACACUUGGAUGGUUUCUGGUGUUGAUAACCCACGUAUCAAAAACUCAAAAUUGAUUGUGCAUUAUGUCAUUAUUGGAUUGUGCAUGACAAUAUUCUUAUUCUUUAGAUCUUUAGCUACAGUUAAAGUCGGGAUGAAAUCAUCGAAAGCUAUAUAUUCUCAGUUGGCGAAGUCUCUAUUUCGGGCUCCAUUGUCAUUCUAUGACUCUACUCCUCUUGGAAGGAUACUAACUCGGAUUUCGUCUGAUUUGAGCACUGUUGAUACUGAUAUCCCCUUUAGCUUCCAGGUAGCUUUUGGUGCUACAACCUUGGCAUAUGCUACUUUAGGAGUGUUGACCGUCAUCACAUGGCAAGUCUUAUUCGUUAUCGUGCCAGUGAUUUUCAUGGCAAUACGCUUGCAACAAUACUACUUUGCUACAACAAAAGAGUUGAUGAGGCUCAAUGGUACAACUAAGUCCAUGGUCGCAAACCAUUUAGUUGAAUCAAUUGCUGGAAUCGUAACAAUUCGAGCUUUUAAGGAGGAAGAUCGUUUCUUUGCUAAAAUUCUCGAUCUUAUUGAUACAAAUGCAAGCCCAUUCUUCCAUAAUUUUACAGCUAGUGAAUGGUUGAUUCAAAGGAUUGAGACUCUUAGUGCCACCGUUCUUGGAGCUGUUGCAUUAUGUAUGGUUUUGCUUCCUCGUGGAACUUUUAGCCAAGGUUUCAUUGGAAUGGCACUAUCAUAUGGUCUCACGUUGAAUUCAGCUAUGGUUAUCUCGAUUCAAGCGCAAUGCACAUUGGCCAACCAAAUGAUUUCCGUGGAGAGGCUUAAUCAGUACAUGGAUAUACCAAGUGAAGCGGCAGAAGUCGUUGAAGACAACCGCCCUCCACAAAAUUGGCCAUUGGCCGGUAAAGUGGAGAUAUGCAAUUUGCAGGUAAGAUAUAGACCAGACACACCGUUGGUUCUUAAAGGAAUUAGUUGCACGUUUGAAGGGCGAGAUAAAAUUGGUAUAGUUGGUAGGACUGGCAGUGGAAAGACUACCUUAGUAGGGGCAUUGUUCCGUCUGGUAGAAUCAGUAGAAGGGAAAAUUAUUGUUGAUGGUGUUGAUAUAUGUUCGAUUGGGCUUCACGAUCUAAGGUCGCGUUUUGGGAUUAUACCUCAAGAUCCUACACUUUUCAAUGGUACAUUGCGAUUCAAUCUGGAUCCGUUAAGUCAACAUAACGACAAGGCAAUAUGGGAGGUGCUCGACAAAUGUCAACUUACUGAAGCGAUCAAAGACAAAAAACAUGGGUUGGAUUCCUUAGUUGAGGAAGAUGGAUCAAAUUGGAGCAUGGGACAACGACAACUAUUCUGCCUAGGACGCGCUUUACUUAGGAAAAGCAAGGUAUUGGUGCUUGAUGAAGCGACUUCAUCAAUUGAUAAUGCGACUGACAUGAUCUUGCAAAAGAUAAUUAGAACAGAAUUUGCAGAUUCCACAGUGAUAACCGUAGCCCAUAGGAUACCGACAGUAAUGGAUUGCACAAAGGUCCUUUCCAUAAGUGAAGGUAAAUUGAUGGAGUACGAUGAGCCAAUGAAGCUAAUGGAAAAGGAAGGUUCGCUAUUCGGGCAGCUCGUUCGAGAAUAUUGGUCUCAUUUCUACACUGCUGCUCAGGGACAAUGAACAAGCAUUUAGGCGACAGAACAUCUAUUUAGGAGACAGAACAUCUAUUGAUUGAUCUUAAAAAGCCUUUUUUGCUUGUGUUAAUGAUUAGUGGUGUUCAACGGAUCAGGUUGAAAAUGGACCGUGCCGAAAACGGGCUCUUAGCUGCCUGGAAUAUGUUAGCUUUACAAGUUUUAGCAAUGCGUGGAAUCUAGGCUACCUAGACUCUUAUACACAUGUUCCACUUGAACACGUGUUUCGGUGUGCGAUUUAGCUAUUUUAUGAAAAGAAUUAGAUAUUUUGAAAUAAAAUUUAAGUGUCCAAGUGUCGUACCAUAUCUGAGUGUCAAGGGUCGGAUACAGAUACUUAGGAUAAAGUGAAGAGUCUGGAUAAUAACCUACAAUGUGAAACUUGUCUAUUUUCUUUGGUUGUUCGUCCGAACGUUCAGACUUCAAUUGAAUUUGAUUCACUAGUACUAAAUUAUAGACUAAAUUGCUUAAUUGAA